AUGGCAGCCUUUUUUCGCUUAAUUGACCCUCACGGGAAUGAAUACCAACACGUACAAGAUCACAGUCUACAACUCGCUCUUAAAGAACUCGAUCAACAAAUAGAGGUCAUUAACCAGCAAGAACGACAACUAGCAUUUCGGAAACAAGCUAUCGAAGACGCACGACAGGAGGUGCUACAGCAAAUUCAACACCGGAAGUUCCGUGAAUAUUUACACGAGCGAGAACAGGAGGCCCGUUUACAGGAAUACUAUCUAGAACAAUUACGGGAACGAAGAGCCUUUGAACAAGUUGUACGUACUAUCGUACAAGGAAGAUUUGAGGAUGACGAAACUCAAAGAAAUAUCCGACGCGAAAAAGAAGCCAGGAGGCUAUUACGAAGGAUUUUGGUGUCAGAUCCCUCCAAUACGCAAUUAAUAGUUCCUAAUGAUUUCCAUCAAUUUUUCAUUAAUCAUCCCGUUGUGGAACGUCUUUAUUCUUCCGAAGAAGACCCAAGCACAACAACACCAGAAAAUACCGAGUAUCCUCAAAGGUCAUUUCCUGAGCCUGUGCAAAAUGAUUCACCCAUUACUAGAGCAUCAAACACUCCUAGCGGAAAGCCAGAGGAAAUUUAUAUUCAAAUUCAACAGCCUAUCAAAGAUGAAGGUCCUCGUGUAGCGGAAAUUCCUUUAUCACAUGAAAAAGCUCCAAAGCGUUCACAGCAGAGCCUUUCCGACGAAGAUUUGACUCGUACCGAGCUUUCAGAACUAAAUGAAUACUUAUUGGGUGCUCAACGUCGUUUAAACAAACGCGGUAAUGCUAGAAAACAUUAUGAUUCUUCUCAAGCAGCUCCUGCUAAUUCUGCGUUUGAGAAGAUGACUCGUGCUGCUUUAAAUCCUGAUCCUGAAGUUAUUGAGCCUGAAGAAACUUCAACCCAAACAAGAAAUCCUUUGGAAACUUUAUUGUCUAGCGGACACUAUUCUAUAGUAAACAGCGAUGAUGAAUCGGGACCUCCUGAAUAUGAACCUACCUCAGCUGUUCCAAUUGAUAAAGAGAAUGCUGGUUCUAAAGCUGAGCAAACUGCUACUUCAGAGGCACAAGACCCUAACAAAAUUCACCCUGAAAACACUACCAGUAUUCCCAAUGAUAUUUCCACUAAAUCAGCAACGAAUGUUAAAGAAGCCGCCCUCUCAAGCAAUCAGCCUAGUGAUGAGAAGAAUAAUACAACUUCCACAAGUCCCGUUUCUCAAAGUUCUGUUCGCCAUAAUGUUACUGUUGAAGAAGUCCCUGAUGAAGACGCAUAA